ACACUCGACAGAUCUGUGAGACGAAGAGUGGUGUGUCGUUCGUUUCUUGCUACAAUGGCGACUCCGUGGAAAAACCCUAUUCUUUUCGGCAUGGUCGCCCUUACCAUUCUCUCAAUUGUUUCUGCGGAAGUGUAUUUCGAAGAGCGCUUCGAAGAUGGAUGGGAGAACCGGUGGGUCAAAUCCGAUUGGAAGAGAGAUGAGAACAUGGCUGGGGAGUGGAAUUACACUUGCGGUAAAUGGAAUGGAGACUCUAGUGAUAAAGGUAUCCAGACCAGUGAAGACCACCGGUUUUAUGCAAUCUCAGCUGAGUUCCCUGAGCUAAGUAAUAAGGAUAAGACUUUGGUUUUCCAGUUCUCUGUAAAACAUGAGCAAAAACUUGACUGUGGUGGUGGCUACAUGAAGUUGCUUAGUGGUGAAUUUGAUCAAAAGAAAUUUGGUGGUGAGACCCCUUAUAGUAUCAUGUUUGGACCAGAUAUCUGUGGCUACAGCACCAAGAAAGUUCAUGCUAUACUUACGCGCAGUGGAACAAACCACCUUAUCAAGAAGGAUGUUCCUUGUGAGACUGACCAGCUGACUCAUGUGUAUACUUUCAUCCUCCGGCCAGAUGCUACUUAUAAAAUCCUUAUCGACAAUGUGGAGAAACAAUCUGGGAGUCUAUAUAGUGAUUGGGAUAUCCUCCCUCCAAAGAAAAUCAAAGAUCCUGAAGCUAAGAAACCAGAAGAUUGGGAUGACAAGGAAUAUAUUCCUGAUCCUGAAGAUAAGAAACCUGAGGGGUAUGAUGACAUUCCAAAGGAGAUACCUGAUUCUGAUGCCAAGAAGCCAGAGGAUUGGGACGAUGAGGAAGAUGGUGAAUGGACGGCACCAACCAUCCCCAACCCAGAGUACAAGGGUCCAUGGAAGGCAAAUAAAAUAAAGAACCCCAACUACAAGGGCAAAUGGAAGGCACCAAUGAUUGAUAACCCAGAUUUCAAGGAUGACCAAGAUAUUUAUGUUUUUGCCAAUUUGAAAUAUGUUGGCAUCGAGUUGUGGCAGGUAAAGUCAGGGACGUUGUUUGAUAAUGUUUUAAUUUGUGAUGAUCCGGAAUAUGCAAAAAAGCUCGCCGAAGAAACAUGGGGCAAAAACAAAGACGCUGAGAAGGCAGCAUUUGAUGAGGCUGAGAAAAAUAGAGAGCAGGAGGAAACGAAGGAUGGUGCAGUUGAUUCUGAUGAUGAGAAUGAGGAUGAUGAAAGUGACGAUACUGAAGGCGAUAAACCUGAUAGUGAUGACACUGAAAGCAGCAAGACCGAAGAUGAUGAUGAUGAUGAUGAUGAUGUGCAUGAUGAGCUAUAAGGAGAUCUCCGAAGAAAUUCUGGAGGCAGUUUAUUCUAGGGAUCACUUUGGGUGGUUUAGGCACUCAAAAAAAUUUUCCAUUUCACUUUUUUCUUUUGGUUGUUGGAAUCCUUUUCAGGGAAAGAACAUUUAGGGUUGCAUGAAAUCAUGUGGCUGUCAAAAUCGUCUCAUUUCAGUCCUUAGAACAGAAAGAAAGCUAUAAGAGUUUUGUUCCUGCUAACUCGUUAAAGUAGUUAAAAGAAUCAAAUGGAUUGAG